AUAGCGUGCUCGUUACGACCUUCGUCAUAGUGCAUUUUCGACCCCGCGAGCAAAAUAAACUGAAACCCGACUUUGACUCAGAUAGUAUCGUUACCCGUAGCACAGGAUCAUACAGCACAGCAACGAUGACUUCAAAGUCUUACAGCACUCUGCCUGGCACUGCUGACAAGGAUGCCGUUCGCCCAUUCGCCGUGGAUAUUGCCGACACCGAGGUCGAGCGGAUGCUGGCGCUGGUCAAGCUAUCCAAUGUCGCCAGCGCGUGCUACGAGAAUUCCCUACCAGACGGCAGCCGAAGGCUGGGUCUUGGCCGAGACUGGCUGGUCGAAGCGAAGCGGGUGUGGGAAACCGAUUUCGACUGGAAAUCUCUUGAGAAGCAUAUGAAUUCGUUUCCGCACUUCCGGGCCGACGUGCCCAUCGCAGGAUCCCAGUCGACGACGAGUCUGAAAGUACACUUUGUGGCCCUCUUCUCGGAGCAGCCGACGGCGACGCCCAUCGUCCUCCUGCACGGCUGGCCCGGGUCGUUCCUCGAGUUCCUGCCCAUGCUGGCCCUCCUGCGGGACAAGUACCCGGACCCGGCGCAGCUGCCGUACCACGUCAUCGUGCCGUCGCUUCCGGGCUACGCACUGUCCGACGCGUUCCCCGCCGACCGGGACUACGGCAUAGAGGACACGGCACGAGUGUUGGACGCGCUGGUGGCGCAGCGCCUCGGGCUGCCGGGCUACGUGGUGCAGGGCGGCGACAUUGGGUCGCGCGUCGGGCGCAUCAUGGCCGCACAGUACCCCGGCUGCAUCGGCACGCUGCUGAACUACUGCCCGCUGCCGCCGCCGGCGGGGGCCGCGACCGGCGGGCUGACGGAGACGGAGCAGCGCGGCCUCGAGCGGACGGCGUGGUUCAAGAGCGAGGGGUCGGCCUACGGCAUGAUACAGGCCACGCGGCCGGGCACGUUGGGCCUGGUGCUGUCUUCGAGCCCGCUGGCGCUGCUGGCGUGGGUGGGCGAGAAGUUCCUCGACUGGGUCGAUCCGGCCUCCUUCCCGCCCGAUGCCAGCAUGGCAGGCAGCAGUGGCGGCAGCGACAACAAAAGCGCCACCAGUUACUCGACGCGGCUGAUGCACGAGGUGCUCGCCAGCGUCAGCCUGUACUGGCUCACAGGGCGUGCGCACACUUGCAUGUACUCGUACAGGGAGACGUUUUCGAUGCGUGGGGAUCCCUUGUGGUCGCAUGCGCUGCCGGCGUACCACAUCCGGGAACCCAAGAAGCUUGGGUUUUCGUACUUCCCUCUAGACAUAGCGCCGACGCCGCGGGAGUGGAUUGCGGCCACGGGGAACCUGGUCUUCUGGAGGAGUCAUGACGUCGGAGGCCACUUUGCGGCCCUCGAGCAACCGGCGGCACUCUUGGCUAACCUGGAAGAGUUUGUGGGGUCAUUUAGCGCUGUGAGCUAACAAGAGCCGAUGGCGUUGAACGGCGACGGUGUGUUGGGAUUGUCAAUCGACUGGCUGUUGGAACUCGGAAGUGGAGGCUUAUUCAGCCAGACUGGGACGUCCAUGGCUAUAAA